GCCGUGCUGGGCGCCGGCAGGUGAUUCCCCAGCGUCCGCCGCUCGUGCGAUCCGCCGCCGCCGCCGCCAUGGGGGACGGGGAUGUCAACUCCAACCGGCUCCUCGCCCGCAGCACCGGGGACGCGCAGCUGGACAGGGCGGUCGGGCAAUGGCUCAGCUGGGACAAGAACCCUAAAACAAAAGAGCAGAUUGAAAACCUGGUACGGAAUGGGAUGAACAAGGAGCUGCGGGAUCGCCUCUGUUGCAGGCUGACCUUUGGGACUGCUGGACUUCGUUCUGCCAUGGGGGCAGGCUUUUGCUACAUUAAUGACCUUACAGUGAUCCAGUCAACACAGGGAAUGUACAAAUACCUUGAGAGGUGUUUUUCAGACUUCAGGCAGAGAGGCUUCGUUGUUGGAUAUGACACGCGAGGUCAGGUGACCAGCAGCUGCAGCAGUAAGAGACUUGCAAAGCUUACUGCAGCAGUCCUGCUUGCGAAAGGUGUACCUGUGUACUUGUUUUCAAAAUACGUUCCUACGCCCUUUGUGCCCUAUGCUGUUCGGCAGCUCAAAGCUGCAGCUGGUGUGAUGAUCACAGCAUCCCAUAACCGUAAGGAGGACAAUGGAUACCAGGUUUAUUGGGAAAAUGGAGCUCAGAUCACAUCUCCUCAUGACAAAGAGAUCCUGAAAUGUAUAGAAGAAUGUGUUGAACCAUGGAAUGGUUCCUGGAAUGAGAAUCUAGUAGACACCAGUCCUCUUACACAAGAUCCUCUGGAGGAAAUUUCUAAAAUCUAUAUGGAAGACCUGAAAAAGAUCUGCUAUCACAGGGAACUGAACACAAAGACCAACUUGAAGUUCAUUCAUACAUCUUUCCAUGGCGUUGGUCAUGACUAUGUCCAGUUGGCUUUUAAAGCAUUUGGCUUUAAGCCUCCCAUUCCAGUACCUGAACAAAAGGAUCCAGAUCCAGAUUUUUCUACCGUUAAAUGCCCAAAUCCUGAAGAAGGAGAAUGUGUGCUGGAGUUGUCUCUGAGGCUUGCAGAGAAAGAAAGCGCUAGGGUGGUGGUGGCCACUGAUCCUGAUGCAGACAGAUUGGCGGUGGCAGAACUACAAGAGAAUGGUCGUUGGAAAGUGUUCACCGGCAACGAGCUGGCAGCUUUGUUUGGGUGGUGGAUGUUCAGGAGCUGGAAGGCGAACGGUUCCAAAGAAGCUGAUGUGAAGAACGUUUACAUGUUAGCAACCACAGUCUCCUCUAAAAUUCUGAAGGCGAUUGCACUUAAAGAAGGAUUUCACUUUGAAGAAACACUGCCUGGUUUUAAAUGGAUUGGAAGUAGAGUAAAAGAUCUCCUAGACAAUGGGAAAGAAGUUCUUUUUGCAUUUGAAGAGUCUAUUGGUUUCAUGUGUGGCACAUCAGUGUUGGAUAAGGAUGGCGUGAGUGCAGCUGUGGUUAUAGCUGAAAUGGCAUCUUACCUGGAAACCAAGAACUUAACAUUGGCACAGCAACUAACUGAAAUAUAUGAAAUGUAUGGAUAUCACAUUUCAAAGACCUCCUAUUUCUUGUGCUAUGAACCUCCUACUAUCAAAAGGGUAUUCGAAAAGCUUCGGAAUUUUGAUUCCCCAAAAUCUUAUCCAAAGUCUUGUGGCGCUUAUGGUAUAUUACACGUACGGGAUGUUACCACUGGCUAUGAUAGCAGCCAGCUUAAUAAGAAAUCGGUGUUGCCUGCGAGUAAAAACAGUCAAAUGAUCACCUUCACCUUUCAAAAUGGAUGUGUUGCCACCCUCCGGACAAGUGGAACUGAGCCAAAGAUCAAGUACUAUGCAGAGAUGUGUGCGCGGCCUGAGCAGAGUGAUAAAACCUUUCUGGAAGAACAACUACAGAAAGUCAUUGAAGCUUUGAUUGAGAAUUUUUUGGAGCCCAGGAAGAAUGGACUGAUCUGGCGUUCCGUGUAGAUCUCCUCCAACAGUUUGUUAUAGAAGUGACUCUCCUUGCGCUGUAUCAUGUGGAACAAAGGAACCAAGAUCAGAACUCCGUUUAGCAUUAAUUGUGUGUGUGCGUGUGUGUGUCAGUUACCUAACUGGCUAAAUUCUUAAAACCAAUAAAGAGGCAGCAUCUUUUUGUCAGUUUUCCAGCAAAAAGCUAUGGCUGGCAAAUUGAUUUUGGGGGAGUUAAUAUCUACAAUUUCAUGUUCUUUUGACCAAAAGACACAUGUACAUUAGCAUAAUGAAGUCAACUCCCAUAGUUCAAAAUGUAGCACUCCAGAGGGUUAAGACUGCUAAACUCUGCUGUAGCGGAAGUCACUGAGUUUCAUGUUGAAUGAACUAAUACCUAGCACCUUUGAUUUGAAAAGACUUGAAUUCAAAAAGUUCUGUUAGUUCUAAGUGUAUUUGAAGGGAAUUAGCAAUCACGUAAGACUGACAAAAUGAGCCGGCUUCUUCAUUGCUGUGGAGUGUGUUGGUAUCAUUUACUGUUACAGGUCUUAAUUUACAAGUAUGUUAAAAUAGAGUUUAGUAUUUAAAAUGUCUAGUUUAGACAAGUUGUUCUAGUAUAUGGUUUUCAGCCAUUUAAAUAUCCUAGUAUUAGAGGGGCUCUUGGUGCAUUGUAUUUUUUCCUGUGUAUCUUAAAAUACUGAUGUUUACUUAACGGUGAAACAAUAGUGGCAAUUCCAUGCAAUUUGAUUUGCAGCUUGGUUUUUGACUGAUCAAACAGUGCCUUUCCAGGAUGUCCUAAUCAGGGGAAAUAAUCUCUGUGUCUUGUUUAAAUUAGUGAUUCUAACCACCAGAGGCCCAUUGAGCAUAGUUUAAUCAGUUAGCUUUCUUUCAUUUUAUAAAACUCUCCCAAAAUAUUCUGGAUCUCAUUCUACAUUAUCUCAAAUUAAAACAUCUAAAAGCAGGCUGUUCUAAAAUAUAGAUGCCUUGUGAAUGCAGUUUUGGGAGGACUAUGUGAAAAUCCAGUUAAUAUUUCUCUAACAUCUUGAAACUACAGUGUCCAUGUUCUCUGCUCACUUAUGAGAAAGGAAGCUAAUGGAGGUGAGACAUGGGCUCUGUGUAUUCACCCCUUUAUUCUCACUUUUCUUCACUUACAGUUGCAUCUACAAAUCAGCUCCUGAUGUUACCUGCCUGCAAAUAUUCAAUCCUUCCUCUAAACUCACUUUAAUUAUCUGUUCGUGUAAGUUUUUAGCUGUUAUUCCUAAUUAUAUAAUUCCUAACUAGUCCCUUACUCUGCUUUGACUAGAACCUGGUUUUCUUAAUGUGGAAAGUCUUCGGAAGGUUGCUGUGAGCACCUGGUCUGGGAAAAGUGUAUUUUAAAAAGCAUACUGCUUCCCUGUUCGGCAUCCUCUGGAUGCUCAUGUCCCUGGGUGCAGACUAAUGCUUGACACUGUCUUUCUAAACUGGUGAUAGAAAUCUCUAAAAUAAGAACUGUGAUGCUCUGGACAUCUAGCCACUAUGGUACUAAAAUAGACUAAGUAGAACAAUUGAACACACAACUACAUACUAUGGUGUCUAAUGCCCAAACAUGGUUAUAGGACUCUAGUAAUAUCUUUUUUGAUUAAUCAGCUCCAAAUCCGUGAUUAGCGGAGUUCAUAAAUCCCAAGAGGCACUUGUUUAAACCAUUGUUUGCCACUAUUGUUAAACCUUUGAAUUUGUCCUCUAUUAUACCCUUAUAGCUAGGUUCUGUAGGACAGUGCAGAACGAUGCUGUACAUAUCUCAGCUAGGCAGAUAUAAAGGACAACAUGUUUUCUGUUUCUGUGCAGAUAUUGGAUAUGUCAUGCUGACAGAGGCUUUGCACUAUGACCAUAAAUACAUAUUUUAGCUAUAUAUGAAUGUACAUGUACUGCAGGAAGCUGUCUGUGUCGCACAGAUUCUUAUUUACAAGCAAUGUUUAUUUUUUUUUUUUAUUUUAUGUGAGAUUUCCAAGUUGUCCACACAAUUGAGUGAAAUUUCUCUUAUGCCAAAAAGGGUUCUUUCCCUUGAUUAUUGUAUAUUUGUGAGUGUGAUGGUUGGGGGGAGGGAGAAAUGGGUGAAAGCAAUGAAGCUUUACUGCUUUCACAAUAUUGCACAGAAUUGGAAGGUAUCCAAAGAUAUGUGGGGCAAGUCUUUUUAAGUUGCUGCUUGGACUUUGCAUUUUUUUUCCUGAUGGAAGUUAAACUUCAGACCUGAUUCUGGUCCCACUAAAGUGAGUGGAAGUAUUGCCAUUAAUUUCAUUGGCAGCAGGAUCAGGUCCUUGGGGUUUUGAAUCUUUUUUUUUUUUUUUUUUUUUGUAAUUCAGAAGAGAACAAUUCAUUUUUUGUGUGCGUGGUUUGAACAAAGCCAAACAUUAAAGGUGUAUGGAGUUGUGUAUGUGGAUAGGUCAGCUCUGGGUAUGGUGUAGCACAUACAAUUGUGUAACGCUUUCAGAUCUGCUUUCCUAGUAGCUGGUUAGCUGAGCCUGGUCUGAAUUAGGGAUGCAAAAGUUUAACUGGAUAACCAAUAAGCUUGAUGCUUAUCGGUUUCAGUUAAUGAUUAAACUCUGCUGCCGCCCUGCGUGCCUGGGAUCCCGGCUGCUGCCCUGGGGUCCUGGCUGCCACCCCACACACCCAAAUGCUGGGCACCAGCGGCAGCCGGGACCCCGGGCACAGGGCCAGCAGUCGGGACCCCACAGAAAACAUGGGGUUGCUACAGCACCCCCCCGCAUCCCUAGUUCUCCAGUUAAACGUUUAACCAAUAGAAUUUUAAUAGGUUACACGGUAAUUUUUUUUUUACAUGCUAUUUACAUCCCUAGUCUGAAUCUCAUCCAGUAUUAGGUAAAUCUUAACAUGAGCACCAGGCCAUUGAACACUUACAAGAUGCAGGUUUUAAAAUGCUUUUGAGACUGGAUGAAUCUGGCGGAGCUGAGUAUCAGUGGUUUUCUUAAACUGAUGAUUAGGCCCUUAGUUCUUAAGCAGUACAUCAUGGAUGAAGUGCUUUUGAAAGGUGGGCAAGUGGGGCACCAGAAUGACUGUAUUCUAAGGGUAUAAUAAUUACUGCUGUUUGAUCUGCUGCUACCAUUGUUUUCCAUUGAUGUGUCUAAUGCUUGAAGUAUCCCUACUAUUCCAUUUGGAGAAGUUGUUUUCUUUCCUUUCUCUGCAUUCCCUCCCCUACUUUUGUUACUGUGAAAGAUGAUCAUCUUGUUACCUCACUGCUGAGUAACUUUUUGCUGUACCUACUUCCUCAGCACUUUGAACUUGUGCACAAUCUAGUUUCAGUUAUGGCGUUUUUAAUAGUUUUGUUUGCAUUGUAGAAAUAUUUAAACUGUGUGUGGGGAGGGGACUAAUUCUAAACCGAACCAGUUCUUUUUUUGUCUGGAUGUUUACUGACUUACGGCGCUUCCUGUUAAGAUGCAUUUUUAAAGGUUGGUGUGGAGCGAUUCAUCAGGUAUGAUAGAGCCAGUGAUUAUUUGUGUCUAGCAUUUGAGUAGUUUCAUUCAUUAUUAUUAUUUUUUUUUUGCACUGCUGCAUACAGAGGCCUAAUCUCUAUCCCAUUCAAGUCUGUGGCAGAACUUCCAUGGGACUAGGAUAUGAUCCUUUAAAGCAUAAGAAAUUUGCCAGGCAAGUUGACACUAUUUAUAAUACACCUCUUCUAUUUGUGUUUUGUAUAAGCACCAUCUUCUUCCGAAUGUGAAGUGCUUGCUGUUCAGUUAGUAAAAGGGAAUCAACAGCUGUUAUCCACCUCCCUCAGUGAUAAUAUCACUGCUUGUCACAGCUCUGGAGGAGACUUGGAGCUGCAGCAGGAGUGGAAAGCAAAAGCUGUUAAUGCGUGCAUCCCCUCUCUCCUGGCAGUGCAGCACUGAAUGACUACAGGUAUGUCCUAAAGCAAAACGUAGGUGAAUCUCUUACUGUAGUCAGAAGUACAAUUACUUCCUCUUCUGUCUUUGCAGUCAGGAUGCUUUCCCAUGAAAAUGGGACUGAAUAAAUGGAAUACACUAAAAUGAUCUUUCUCAGCUGACGGCUGAACCUGAUACAGUUCACCUGCAGGGUUCACGGCUCAUGUUUUGAUUCAAUAAGUCUUGAACGGGAAUUAAGGAACUUAACCUGGGGUUUUGGCAGAGGGAAGCCCACAAGAGAAGGCGUAUACUGAUGCGCCUUUAGAAUGCAAGCCCAAUCACGGACUCCCAGGGCGUUUUUGUUUUUGUGUAUAUGACAGAAGAUUUCAGUGAAGGGAAGCGACCUGAGGAGGAUCCAGUCUUCUACUGGGUUGAUCUUGUAACCCAUUAGCGACAAGAUUGCUCUGCAUUUGUAUUUAGUGAGAUACCCACUUUCGCUUUGUGGCUUGAGAAGAGGGCAUUUCCUCCCUCAGUGUGGUUGGCGCAGGUUGGUUAAAUGCUGGCUAACUUUGCUUUGAAGUCUGGGGUAGUCUGUGAUAACACACAGCAGCAACAUGCAGCUCUGGAGUGGGCUUAAGUGUUGCAUUCCUCCAUUCACAGGGUGCCUGCCCGCAGAGGUGCCAGCAAUAAUGCUAUCCCUAGUACUGCAAUGCUCAGGUAGCACCUUUAUCCCCCGCUGUCACAUAGGCCAGGAUACCAGCAAUUUCAGUUCUCACUCAAUUUUCCCCUUUUAUUUU